AAAUCAAUAUAUCGUCGACGUGAGUGGGGAAUUCUCAUCGUGUGUUUACAAAUCGUCCAACAAGGAAACCCGUACCACGGCGAUUGUCCUGCCCGAUCGACGAACUCGGGAAAGCGGCGAGUAUAGGUUAGGGUCAGGCGGGUUUUAUAUUUAUAUUUAUAUAUACAUUUUUAACUUCUCAAGUCUCUCUUCAUCUUCCGCUCUGCUUCACCUGUGUUCACUGGGCUAUGACGCGCCCGCACAUUCCUACAAUUGUGUUGGGCAAUACAACGAUCUCGGCGAAGACAAACGGACCAGUCCCUUGAAAACGGGUUGACAAGACGGUUUCGAUCAACUCGUCCUGCACUAUUUUUUUAAUCUCUCACAGAAAUCAACGUUGGCGACGCCUGCUUUCUCGGAUACAUAUAUACAUACACACACACAGACUCGGGAUAUAUAGAUAUAUAUAUAUAUAUACACACACGAGUGGAUAUAAUAUUAUCUACACAACGUAUUGCAGUAUUCUGUCGGUGCUGGGCCUGUCCUGCCCACAGAUGCCUGAAAUGCUCCAGUUGAGUUAGUGAGACAGCUCGGUGACAGAUGUACAAUGUCUUACCUGUCUGUUGCCGGUGAGCGGACCACCGCCGGACACCGCUAAACUGACGCACAGCGCUCAUCAGGUGCCCAAAAUGUUUCGCUGCUGGAAAUUAUGUGUUCUUUUCGUGCUUUUAAAUUGCUCUUGUGCACAGAAUUGCGACGAACCCAAUAUCGCAGGAAUUGUGGUGGGCAGUGUGUUUGGAACCCUGGCAGUGGUUCUACUGGUUCUCGGCAUUAUCUUCUUUCUUCUGUGGCGCAGACGAAGAGUAUUUCUAAACACGCCCAAGAAAACACGGAAAGCUGAAUUAACUGAAGAUGUUCCGACCCCGGAACACGAGGGUCACGUCAACCCCGCCUUCAACGACAGCCACGCAGACACCGCCACGGCCAUGGAACAAGGGUUUGGUGGAUAUGUGCAGUGUAACGAUCUGGAUUCUUUACCGAAGACAAAAACGCCCGUGGUUUCCCCGGUGUCCAAGGAUGACCGACGGAAGACGUGGACGUCACUGCCCCGGCCGGACAUCCCCGGGAUACAGCGACAGGGAUCUCUGGGUUCGCUGGACGAGAACAUCCUCAGCACGAUGGACCCCGAUAUAAUCGGCGUUUGGCUGCACAGUCAGGAUUUCAUUGGUCUUGGUUUCAAUAUUUCUGGCAAUAUGAGGGACGGCAUCUUCGUGAGUCAAGUCCACAACCGUGGACCUGCCAUUGAGUCAGGGAAAGUUAAUGUUGGUGACAGAAUCCUCAGUGUGACGAUAUCGUUCCAGAACACGGUGUUUGAAGACGCCCUGACCAUCUUGAGUUACGCGUCUCCGUAUCCCGUGAAGAUUACACUGCAGAAACAAGUGUCGGCUAUCAACUCUCAGAAACCGAACGAGGCCAACGAGAAUCUCAGUCACCCACUGUACAGAAGCCAGUCUUUAGACGCUCUGCAAAGGCUGGGCAAAGAUCCCCUGUUCAGACCGAAAAGAACACUGAGCGAAAUGAAACCCGAAACGCGGAAAGAUUCGUCAAGGAAAAAUUUGCAUGACCUUGUCAAUCAUAAUUUUUCAGAUUUGCUAGAGAACAAAAGUAGCAGCAAUUCAUCACUUGAUGUCAGCAAAGCUGAAGCUUCCACCAACGACCACGAUUUACAACAAAAAUCAGAAAGGAAAAUUAAUCUAACUGUAUCUGAGGUGAUUGUGCACAAUGCUGAUGACACAAAUAUGCUGGAUUUUCCCGAUUCUGGACUUCAAAAUGUUAAAGUGGAAAUCAAUGGUGUUCACGAGAACUCUGAAAAUACCAUUCUACCAACUAAAGUUUCUGAACAAGAACAUAUUCCAUCGACAAAAGAAAAACAAAAAGACUCCAAAUAUGACAGCACUGAAGUCAUGCAGUUUGCAAGUUUAAUGGACAAAAUGUUAGACUUAGAUUCUAAUAAAACCUUUGAAGGAUCUACGGAAACGACUAACAGACACGUAUCUGUGGAAAUACAAGCCGAUACCUCAGUUGGGUUGAACGCAGAACAAACCUCACCAUCUCCAACGAAACCCCGAAGAAGGAAGAAAAACUCCAGCACGACCAGUUCUACAUCUGGUGACAAUCAGAAGUUGGACGUCAGUGCUGCAGCUAACUCAGGUGUGGUUCUAGAAGACUGCAUUGUCGCGAUGGCAGCUGGGACAGUGUCAAGCGCUCCUGGUGAUCUUCCAGAAACAGGAGGCGAGGUUGUUGAGGACGAAAUUGUUCCAGAAACGCAUGCCAGAGACAUUUCAAUCGGCAGUGAGAAAAUACAGUUUACACCCCACGAUAGGGCUGUGGCUAGUCAGGAAAGGCCUCCGUCUCCACCAGUUACUAGAAACCUUGUGGAUAUCAGUGAACCAGUUGAGACGCCAUCUGUUGACAAAGACCCCGUGGAAGAGGAAGUCAUAGAAGCAUCCACAUCCAAACGAGAUUCAUCAAAGCCUAAACAAAUCACCGCUGUAUCAGAAACAAUGCCAUCUGCUGAAAUGAUCACAAACUACUCAUCUCCACAGGUUAACGUGACGGUGGAAGAGCCGAAAGCGCCAGUGAGGGAGCUGGACGACGAUCUACUGGAGCAGAUCAUCUCGAUGAACUCUCAUGCGCCGGGAACUCAGGGAAUCAAGUGGAUUAACAACUCCGACACCGACCUGUUCGUCGACGCGCAGAACCCGUCGAGAGGUGGAAUAGCGUUUGAAAUUCGGGACGAUAUCACGACGGGGCUGCCGAGAAAUCUGGCCCUUAAUAAACACAGUAUUUCCAGAACUAUGUCCUACGACAACCCGCUUGGAGGGGACUUCAAGGGUGCGGUUCGCGUCGGUUCUCUGAAGGAGACCAAACAGAGUGUUAGCAAUGACGACGUCAUUAACAGUAAUCCUCUGGACUGGUCGGGGAAGAGGUUGGUGCGGUCGGAGUCGUUUUCAAAUAUACCUCAGGAUGAUUCCAUCAGUGACUGGACGGACAAGAACCUGUUAAACGUUGAUUCCAACGACGACCUUUCGAGGGCGUCGUCGGACGACUGCAUUGUGUUUGACAUGGAAACGGAACACAGGAAUAAGAUGACGCGAGCGGAGAACGUCUUUGCGGCAAGAGAAAAUCUGGCAAACAUCGCGAGUGAUGCGACGACGCCGAUACUGAUUUCAACGAACGGACAGGACGAUGGUCUUGGGACGUCUCCCGAGCUGUCGCCACUGAAGAACAAUAACAUUGAGAUAAACAAAACGGGUGACAAAAACCACGACGCGCACCAGUCAGGAGGAAAUAGAUUCUCCGUGACACUUCACGCAAAUACUGACGAUGAUGUUGACUGCUGAAGGAGAAAGUAAAAACACAAAAACAAAAACAAAGGUGUUAUGAAACUAGUACCAAUACAGAAGGCAGCUAUCCAGGGAUUAAGGCCAAUGCAGGGUCGAGCGAGACCCCCUUCAUAUUCCUCAGUGUGUUACUUUGGGGUCAGGCAGAAUGUCUUGCCAGCCCAUUCUGUAAUCUGAGAUAUACGAGUCCUGGCAAGCAAUCCGCUACAAUGCAUUCCCUUCGAGGCAUGUAGAUUAAUGUUCAAUAUCUCUUGUAUGAAAGUUAGAACAUUUAAGAUAUAACGUAAAGGGCAUCUAUACCUCAGGACUUACGGCUUGGUCAAAAUAUUGUAAAUAUGUUUGAAAGAAAAUGUCGUUUUUAAGACAUAAUCGUAUGGCAAUGAAAGGACAGCUAGGGUGCAUAGAGGCAAUUUAGCGUGUUUGUGCUUCAAUGAAGGCUUCACUCAUUUGAGUCUACGACAUGUGAAAUACAAUUAUGUUUCCUAAACAUUUUUUUAAAGUAAUGCAUAACAAAGUAGUUAUUCACAUUUUUCUAUAAUAGUUGCUGUUGUUAUUGUUGUUGUUGUGCUAGUUGUUGCGUUAAUAGUUGUUACACGUUUGUAAUACUCAAACCUACACAAUUACAAAGGGUAGAAUAUGGAGAAACUACACUCCUGUAAAUUAAGGAAAGGAUUGCUUGAUAAUUUAAAACAAUAUAUGCCAUAAUGGCUGUCCUAGUUAAGAAAGUAAUAAAACAAACAUUAUUACUUUUGAAGAUUUUUGUCCGAAAUAUUUCGAAACUGGGUAUGUUGCUUAAACGAUGUCAAUACAAUGAAGUUGGCGAUGGAUAUGUGUAUGCAAAUUUGAUCAACAGAUCAAAACACGUCAUUGUAAAACAUUGUAAUGCUACCAUUUAUCACAUAUAUUUUAAGAUGUGUUUAUGGCAUAAAUACUGCAUAUUAUGUAUUUUAUAUUUCUUUAACCAUUUUUAUAACUCGUUGUUGUGAAAACUCGUAUAUUGGACUCUAAAGAAAAUUACCCACUGACUACUUUAAUGGAUUUCCACUUUGAAGAACGAACGUAAUAUUUAUAUGAAUGCAUAUUGCCAGGGAUGUACAAAGAAUUUGCAAACACUAUUUACAUAGACUAUAUUUUUAUGUACAGUGUAUUGUUGAAGGUAACGUUAUGUCGUCCACUUGUUAUGCUGAAUGAUGCAUUUUACCUCAGCUUCUCCGAAUGUACAUUUGUUUUUAUCUAGACCAGUCUAGUUUGUCUACAGUGAUCAAGGUGAGCAAAACUAGAAACUAACCUGACAUAAUAUAUCCGUUAAUGACCAUUACUGUACCCCAACUCCGUACGUUUUCACCACAAAUCCUCAUUCAAAUAUUUUUCUUGCCCAAUUCUUCCUUACUCAUUGACCAUAUACUCCCACCCCAUAAUACAUUGCGUACGGCCCUGGUGUCAGACUCAUUAUCUCGAUUAUUUAUGACAUCGUUUACAUCAAAGUUCAUAACAAGCAUGUUUUGAUAAAGAAAAAUAAACAAGUCGUAGUAUAAUACAAACCAACUUGUAGAUAUAUUGACAAAUCUCACUCGUGUUUCAAGAUGUAAAAUAAUGGGGCCAAUAGGGAACUGAAAGGUGCUGAAUUGCAAAUUUGUUUAAGAUAUCUAGGUCUUGAUUAAACAUCACUUACACCAAGUCCGACUAUCAGUUACUAGAAGUGUACUGGAUUAGUUUCAAAUGUUUGUAAUAAAUAUGUUUUACGUGUACAAAUUAUCUGUAUUCUUUUAAUAGAAUGAUUUGCGUGUAAACAUUCCUUGAGAUUUUCUUUUUUUAAUUAUACACAUUUUUAUAAAUAUAACAUUCAUGACGGGUAUGGCGAAAUAAUAAAGUUGGGUUGUCUAACCCAGUAUGUUAGUUAUUGUAGUUGGUCUAAUAGUUUUUUUUUUUACUCAGAACCUGUCCCAGACAUUUAACAUACAUAUUUGUGUACACGAAAAUCAAAUCAAACACGUGUUUAAAAUACUAAUUUCAUUUCUCCUCUGAUGCAAGUAAUUCUUGAAUCCAUUACUAUUUGUAAUCUAGGUACAUGGUUUACAAAUAUUGUGAAAACGAUUCAUGAUACAUGAAUUAAGUACAAAUUUCUGAAACGCACAAUAUGCGUUCACGUUACGAGUAUGCCACGUUUUACAUCUUGUUUUGUAUAAAACCAAUUUAUUUAGACUUCUGUAUUGUUCCAAGUGUGUUCAAAUAUAGUUUCUAUGUUCUGGUAUAUCCUUGUAAAAUAAAUAAAAUAAUUCGUCACUGUUGGAUAGUAGAUGUUCAGGUAUCUUACUACUUAUCACAACUUUGAAAACUGGAUGUUUCAUAAACGUCAACAAUAAUGGAAACCAUUUUGUUUUGAAUGGUUGAUGUUAUUGCAAUAUUAAUAUGAAACAUAUUACGCAAGUACGUAUACCAUACAGGCAUUUGCAGAUGCAUUAAGGCGUAAAGUAGUUUUCAAAAACCCGACCCUAUCUAAAAAAAAGUGCCACUCUAGUUUUUCAAUGUAAUUUUUUUUCGAUUUUUAAAAAUUAAUAUGUAGGCCCUACGUGAAGAGUAAAAAUAUAAUUUAAAAAAAAAGAAAAAAAAAAAAAAAAAAAAAAAAAUUCCUCCAAACCACCCUUAAAUGUAAUUCGGCACGAUCCUGGAAACACUGCAAACAGAUCUAUCCUAAUUUGGUUCUAAACAUGGGGUUUGGAGAGAUACUCUGUUAUGUUUAGAGUGGUAGCACCCACUAUUGGCACGAUGGCAGACAUGUUCAUCCCCAGAACCAUUCCAAAUAAUAAAAGGAUUCGCUUCUUUUAAAACAUUUUUUAAUAAUACAUGGUUUUACUAUUGGUUUCAAAUGAUCUUAACCAGAAAUGGGCAUUUGUUUAAAUUUUGUUUAAAGACAAAUUGUUAAUAACUUUGUGUAAAUUUAUCUACACUAAAUAAUACUGACGACAGUACAUUAAUAGCCGCAUAAUAUAUUUUGCAUGCGACAUAAGAUGUAUAUUUGUUUGAUAAGCCACAAAUAUAUCACCCGACAUUAUAUAAAUUAUGUAUUAUCUUUUCGUUCUUUUUUUAAAUUAGUAAUUACUUUUCUCUUGGUAAUACAUAAAAACCACAACAAAGUACAGACAUAAUUGUAAUUUUAAGCAGUCGCAUGUGUAUCUGGUUGUCGUGUACAGAAAUUUUUAGACGGUUUCUUUAAAACAUACAUUACAGUUGUUAGCAUAUUGCUGAUCAUCGGACUAGCACAACACUGUGUUGUUCAUCGUGUAUGCUAUACAUUGUACGUUACCGAUAUACCACUAUCAUUAUACAUGUAUAGUUCUACUAUAAUAUUUUUUUAUAACAAGGACGGAAGUUCGACAUGUAACAUUUAUAUGCAAUACAAGCAAUAAAGUAUACUCACAAUAUCAA